CAAUAGUAAGUUGAUAUGACCAGCAAUCGUAGUUAGUGAUUAGACAAUCAGUAAAUAUAUUCAGGGAGAAUUAUAUUCUCCGCAGUGAUCAACAAAAAGAUACUUAAUGUGUAGUGCAUCUGCUAAGUGGAUAAAGAAGAAGGAGAGCUUGUGUGAAGAGCAUUGACAUUUAGGAUCUUCGAAGGCAACUUAACUUCGGUACAAUCAAGAUGAAACAAUUAAUCAUCUUUGUCUAUUCUUGCUACUUUUUGUCUAGCUCUAAAACUGGAAUCUUUGCCGCAAACAGUGGGUGUAAACCCUACGAAUGGCAAUGCAAAAGUGGACAAUGUAUUUCACUUGACGAGAAAUGUGAUGGGGUUGCAAACUGUGGAGAUCAAAGUGAUGAAAGUAGUGAAUUCUGUCUAGAAACCAACUGUCCAAAUUAUACAUUCAAAUGUGCCUAUGGAGCUUGCGUAUCUGGCAAUGCUAAAUGCAAUGGAAUCAAGGAAUGUUACGAUGGAUCUGAUGAAGCCAAGGACCUUUGCGAUAGUGCAAUUAAUAUAAAUCUCGGGAUGUCAUUACAUUUGAAUGAAACAUCAUCUAAAAUAAGGUCGCGACGACAAGCAAAAGCUAACCCAUGUCGAGUGACACUUGGAUCGAAUAUGAUUAUUUCAACCAAAGCCGAUCCAUUAUUCACCUUCGAUGAUGGAGAUUUUGUAGGUGACCUGACCAACAUAAAAUACUCAUGCACAAGUGGUUACUCUAUCCUGGGUCGGAAGGAAAAUAUAUGCUUUAGAGGCUCAUGGGUAUAUCCUCAACCAAAAUGCUCAAUAACAUGCCCGAAUAGCGUAAUCCAAGGCAUCACAUUCCAAGUUAUUUGCUCAUAUAAUAGGACCACAAUUCCCUGUGAGGACGCCAUUAGACCUGGUACCAUAGCUACUGCAGCUUGUGCAUUAGGGUACCAGAGACCAGACGAAAUGGCGCUUGUUGAUACACUUUCCUGCGGUGCCAAUGGAGAAUGGGACUCUAUUCCUCACAGUUGUGUACCAAUAUGUGGACAACAAACUACAGAAGCGUUCGGUUCGGGUCUUGUGGACGUUAGCAGAAUCCCGUGGCAUGUAGCUAUUUACCAGCGGAGGAAUCAAAGUGUGGAGUUUAUUUGCGGGGGUACUAUAAUAGCUCCUAAAAUAAUAAUUACAGCUGCUCAUUGUGUGUCGUUAAAAAGGAUCGAUCCCACGAAGUACAUAGUCCUGGUGGGGAAAAACUACAGAGAGUAUAGUGCCAAGGAGAAACUAGAAACCCAGGAGUUUAACAUUUCAGAAAUUCAUAUACCAAGAGGCUACUUGGGAGAUAGUGCAUUCUAUCAUAAUGAUAUGGCAAUUUUGGUUCUAAACGAAUUUAUAAGAUAUCAACCCCACAUCAAACCGGCUUGUGUUGAGUGGCGUAGUCACGGAGCAAAGGAUCCUCUACCCAAUACGAUGGGCAAGAUUGCAGGCUGGGGUCGAGUUUCACCAAAUGGUUUCUACAGUGAUGAUCUAAGAGCUAUCACUUUGCCAGUUAUAGAUAGAGAUGAAUGCAUUAGAAAUACAAAGCCUGUCUAUGAACCGUUCGUCGCUGCUGAUAAGUUUUGUAUCGGUUCCCCCGAAGGCGUUGGAGCACCAUGUCAAGGUGACAGCGGUUCUGGUUUUUUGGUUACAAAAGACAUCGAAGGUAUCCCGACCUACUUUCUCGAAGGUGUCAUUAGUACUAGCUUAAGCAGAGAUCCCUGCAGUACAAAAUCUUAUGUAGCAUUUUCAGAUAUACAAUAUCAUGAACUUAUGAUAAGAGAAAUCAAAGGAAAGUUUACGCCCAAAUAACAAAAUAUGCUUGCAUUUUCGUUAUAUUGUUCUUUAAUAGAUUGGUUAUUUUCGA